UCCCAAAGGUGUCCAGGUAAUAUAGAAGGACCAAAUCUAACACGUGUCUCAGAAUUCCAUCUCAUUGGACUUUCAGAGGAUCCAGACCUGCAACCUGUCCUCUUUGGACUGUUCCUGUCCAUGUACCUGAUCACAGUGCUUGGGAACCUGCUCAUCAUCCUGGCUGUCAGCUCUGACUCCCACCUCCACACCCCCAUGUACUUCUUCCUCUCCAACCUCUCCUUCACUGACAUCUGUUUUAUCUCCACUACAGUCCCAAAGAUGAUCAUGGACAUCCAGACUCAGAGCACAGUCAUCUCGUACGUGGGCUGCCUGACACAGAUGUCUCUGUUUGCCAUGUUGGUCUGUAUGGAUGACAUGCUUCUGACUGUCAUGGCCUAUGAUCGGUUUGUGGCCAUCUGUCACCCCCUGCUAUACCCAGUCAUUAUGAACCCUCGUCUCUGUGGCUUCUUAGUUUUGAUGUCUUUAUUAUUUAGCCUUUUCAACUCUCUGCUACACAAUUUGAUUAUACUACAAUUUACCUACUUCAAGGAUGUGGAAAUCGCUAACUUCUUCUGUGACCCUUCUCAACUCCUCAAUCUUGCCUGUUCUGAUACCUUUACCAAUAACAUAGUCAUUUAUGUUAUAGGUGGCAUAUUUGGCUUUCUUCCCAUCUCAGGGAUCCUUUUCUCUUACUAUAAAAUUGUUUCCUCAAUUCUGAGGAUCCCAUCCUCAAAGGGGAAGUACAAAGCCUUCUCCACCUGUGGGUCUCACCUCUCUGUUGUUUGCUUAUUUUAUGGGACAGGCAUUGUAGAGUACCUUGGCACAGCUGUAUCGCAUGCUCCCAGAAAGGGUGCAUUGGCCUCAGUGAUGUACACUGUGGUCAGUCCUAUGCUGAACCCCUUCAUCUACAGCCUGAGGAACAGGGACAUUAAAAGCUCCCUGUGGAGGUUGUACAGCAAGACAGUCUAA